AUGGACUCCGCAGAGUAUGUGCUCUGUGGUUGGAAGGGUCAGCUGUGGCCUGCAAGAGUGUUGUCCAGACCUAAGACCUCUGCCCAUAGUAAAAGGAGAGGGGCCCCUUUCCUGGAGGUGCAAAUCCUGCCUGUGGGUGAGAAGAUAAGAGUGAGGAGCACCAAGGUAAGGCCCCUAACCAAGUCUGAAAUUAUGACCAUCGCCUCCACGGCAGGGAAGGAGUCACAGGGCAGUAGCUUUCCAGGGCAGACCAGGGCAUACAGGAGAGCCCUCAAGGUGGCACUGGAUAUCCUGGGGGAGGAAGCCUCUUUGUUUCAAGGAGGAAGGGCAGAUGACCAAAGAACCAGCACAAUGGCUCUUCUAAAGGUUCCGAAAAAGCAGGUUAGCUCCAGCCCACGCCAGUGCCUGCGCCUCCAAGGGCACAACCAGAAAGACCAAGGGCUCUCCCAGAGGGGUCCUGUGAAGCAAGACUGCCACCCAGGUCCUGUGUUGCCGGUGGGCUCACAGAAAGUGCCCUUAGUGUAAGGGGGAAAAGCCCAGGCACACACUGCUUUUGGGCCCCCACACUUUGAGAUGCAAGGGAAUGUGCUAAGAGGCAUCAAAGAGGGGUCAAGAUACUCAGCAACUGCAGGAAAUGCUGGUCAUAAUUUAGGGAUGAGAAAACUGAGCACAUCUAAGCUCAGGCCUUUGAGUGUCCCAACCUCCCGGGAGGGUGCCCAGGCUAAGAAUGAGCAGCAGGCUGCCUCUAGGCCACCAAGGCGCCUCUCAACCUUGCCCAAAGCCCUCAAGCAACAAACAGGGUGUGCUGGCCUAGAGAUCUGGGCUACUGGAGUCCAAGGGAAGACCACCCUCCCAAAGAACAAGGAAGACCCCUGCUUGGGAACCCUGAGGCCAGCUGCAAACAGGGCAACAACAGUUUGCAUGCCUCCAAUCCCAAGGCUGCGAAGAUCCCUCCGCUUUGCUAGCAGGAAAAGGAAGAUCCACGUGACAUGUCCACAGUGCAGGUUCCCAGGAGUGCAACCUCAGGUGCACUCAAAGGUGACUAACACCAGGUUCAAGAGGUGGGGGACUGGGAUUCAGGAAGGAGGCCAAGCCACCUAGGUGGUUUCUGCCCAGCUGCCAAAUACUAUUGAACAAGGAAUGCUGGUCUGGUUCAAAUUUCAGGACCUUCCUUUCUGGCCAGCAGUGGUCAAGAGUGUCAGCCAAAAAGACAAGAUGGCGAGUGUGCUGUUGAUUGAAGGCAACAUGCAGUUUGAGCACAGGGGUGUCCGUGUCCCUCUCCACAAGUUGAAGCAUCUGGACUGUGGGGAGAAAAUAUCACUCAUGAAGAGAGCCAGCAGAAUGUACAGACAGGGCAUCAGCUGGUGCUUCUCCAUGAUCAACCACUACAGAGAGGGACUGGCCUGUGGCUCCUUCCUGGGCUCCUUCAUGGACUACUACACUGCCCAAGCCAGUUAUCCAUUAAGGAGAGCCAUCCAGAAGGGGGACCUACACAUUGAUUUCCCCAAGGUGAGCUAUGCUGAUCUGGAAGACUGGGAGGAGGAGACAGCCCUGGGUGGGAAGAGGCCCCACAAGAAACUCCUACCUGACCGAAUGAGGGCUGCUUGGGACAGAGCCAACCAGAAGCUCGUGGACUUCAUAGUGAAGAGAAAGGGGGCCGACCAACACCUGUGGGACAUUGUGAAGGGCAGAAAACAGUCCAGGUGGCUGGACAACCUUUGGAAGUCAAAGAAGGAAGUCUUCUGCAUUGAGACCUACCUGGAGGAUGAGGACCAGUUGCAUCUUGUGGCCAGGCAUUUGCAAGAAAUAUCCAAGGAAGCAGAUGAGGCCCUGCUCUCGCUAACAAGAGGAGACAAAGUGCAGUUUACCAUGGAGGUGCUUUUCCCAGAAGCAAUCAUCUGUUCCAUCGCUGCCCUGGAUGAGCUCAGCUACAAGGAGGCAGAAGAGAAGUACCUACGUGGCCCACCCGUGCACUACAGUGAGAAAGAGCUCUUUGACAAGACCAUCUUAAAGUCUGCCUGUUAGAGGUCAGCAGCCAGGAUUCAGGCUUCCAGGGACCCUCCUGCGCCCACUCCUUAG